UCCUAUAACUUGAUUUUAUCUCCAAUUUCUCGCGCCUCGUUCAUCCUCUCCCUUCCAAAGAAAAAGAACAUUGGCUAAUCCAUGCUGCCUUUGUCAACUUUGAUUGUUCCCAAAAGAAAAAAUUAAUAUAUAAUAUAUAUAUAUAUAUAUAAACAACCAAGUUUAUAUUAUUUUUGUGUUAAUUUUUUUCUUGCAAAUACCCAAUAAUUUGUUCUGGAUUCACUGUUAUCAUGUUCAAUUCGGAUUGAUCUUGUUGAUGGUUAAAAGAUUUUUGGUCGCUACUUCUACAGCAGUGUGGUUUAUGAUUUUGGUCUUGAUGAAGUAAAAUCAGUGAAUCCUGGAUCAAGUACAUAGGAAGUGUGCUAUUUUCUGCCAGCAAGUCUUAAGUGACGAUGGGUACUGAACUUAUGAGAGUUUGUGUUAAAGGAGAGAAAGAUGACUUUCCACCUGUUCCCCCGGGGUUUGAGUCAGUUGGGUCUUUCACUUUAAAAAGGGUGCAGGAGAGUGGAAAACAGAUUAGUGAAGAUGUAGUUCAUUGCUCAGAGUCUUUGAGUGCUUGUGAAUCACAAUCAAGUUCAGGUCAGAUGGAUGCUGAGUUUAACAUUUCCGAUGGGGGAAAUACUACAAGGUCUCUUCGACAUAAACCUUGGAUAAACUAUGCAAGAUUUCAUAACAGUUCGGAGGAUGAGUCUGAUUCUGGGAAGCUAAAUAAAAACUUCACUUUAAGGUCACGCUUGCCUAAGGGUGUUAUUCGUGGAUGUCCAGAAUGUAGCAAUUGCCAGAAGGUCACUGCGAGAUGGCGGCCCGAAGACGCUUGCAUGCCUGAGCUUGAGGAUGCUCCAGUAUUUACUCCAAGUGAAGAGGAGUUUGAAGAUACUUUGAAAUAUAUAGCAAGCAUACGUCCAAAAGCUGAACCAUAUGGUAUAUGUCGCAUUGUUCCUCCCCCUUCUUGGAAACCUCCUUGUGCACUUAGGGAAAAACGUAUAUGGGAGGCUUCUACAUUUUUCACUCGUGUUCAGAGGGUUGAUAAACUACAGAAUCGAGAUUCAAUGAGAAAGAGGUCAAGGGAACACACCCAAAUGAAGAGGAAAAGGAGAAGGUGUCUGAGAGUGGCAGUAGAUUGCAGGACAGAUGCUGGAAGUAUUUCAGGGUUUACUGAUGAUCGACCUUGUGAGGACGAGAGGUUUGGGUUUGAACCUGGUCCAGAGUUCACUCUUGAAACAUUUCAGAAAUAUGCAGAUGAUUUCAAGGCCCGGUACUUUAGCAAUGAUGCAAAUGCUACAAAUGCAAGAGGUAACAUGAACACGUCUCCAGAGAGUUGGGAGCCAUCAGUGGAGACUAUUGAGGGUGAAUAUUGGCGGAUUGUAGAGAAAGCGACUGAGGAAAUAGAGGUACUCUAUGGUGCAGACCUAGAAACUGGGGUUUUUGGCAGUGGUUUUCCCAAAAGGGGUAGUCAAGUUGUUUCUGCUUCAGAUGAACGAUAUAUACGAUCAGGCUGGAACUUGAACAAGUUUCCUAGGCUUCCUGGAUCUGUUCUAUCCUAUGAAGCCAGUGAUAUAUCAGGUGUUUUGGUUCCAUGGUUGUAUAUAGGGAUGUGCCUUUCCUCCUUCUGUUGGCAUGUUGAAGAUCACCACCUGUAUUCACUGAACUACCUGCAUUGGGGUGCUCCGAAAAUUUGGUAUGGUGUCCCAGGUAGUGAUGCUCUAAAGUUGGAGGAGGCUAUGAGAAGGCACUUGCCUGACCUUUUCGAGGAACAACCUGACUUGCUCCAUAAGCUAGUGACACAGCUCUCUCCCUCUAUUCUGAAAUCUGAAAGUGUACCUGUCUAUCGUUGUAUUCAGAAUUCUGGAGAGUUUGUUCUGACAUUUCCUAGAGCGUAUCAUUCAGGGUUCAAUUGUGGCUUCAAUUGUGCAGAGGCAGUUAAUGUUGCUCCUGUUGACUGGUUGCCACAUGGACAGAUUGCUAUAGAGCUAUACCGUGAGCAGGGGCGAAGGACUUCCAUCUCCCAUGAUAAACUGUUGCUUGGGGCCGCAAGGGAUGCUGUUAGAGCUCUAUGGGAGCUUAAUUUACUGAAGAAUAAUACCCUUGAUAACUUAAGGUGGAAAGAUGUUUGUGGGAAGGAUGGGAUCUUAGCUAAAGUGCUCAAGUCACGUGUUGGAUUGGAGCAUACACGGAGGGGAUUUCUUUGCAAUUCUAUGAAGGCAGUGAAGAUGGAGAGUGACUUUGAUGCUACUAGUGAGAGAGAGUGUAGUGUGUGUCAAUUUGAUUUGCACCUUUCUGCAGUGGGUUGUCAUUGUUCUCCAGAUAGAUACGUAUGCCUCAAUCAUGCAAACCAAUUCUGUUCAUGUGCUUCGGGCACUAAAAUGUUCCUCUUUCGCUAUGACAUCUGUGAAUUGAAUAUUCUUGUUGAGGCAUUGGAAGGAAAAUUAAGUGCUGUGUACCGGUGGGCUAGACUAGAUCUUGGACUAGCCCUUAGUUCUUAUAUCUCGAAUGACACUGCACAAGUUGGUAAUAUAUCCCAUCCUGCAGAGGUAGCAAUGUUGGAAGAUGUGAGAUCUAAGGAAACAAUCAAUGGUUUUAAAAAUUUUCAAGCAGGUGAAAUCUCCAGAGAUAUUUUACGAAAUUUUUCAACGGUGUCUGGUAAGAGCAUUUUGCAGCACAAAAUGGAACUUCCUGAAGCUGCAUCGCCCUCAGAGGCACUGUCAACAUUGUAUGGUUCUUUCCUUGAAAAUCAGUUGGCAAAUCUUCAUUCAAAGGUCAAGGAAGAAGGUUCUGCUCUUAUGGAUUCAAAUUUAGAAUCCUCAAUUCGCCAAUUCUCUCGAGAUGUGUUAUCAUCUGUUGCUCCUGUUCCAGAAGAAUGUAGAGAGAAGCCUUUAGCUUUUGGGCAUAAUAAUAUUAUUCUUCUUAGUGACGAUGAAGGAGAUGAAAUAAUGAAGCCAGUUUCAGAAAAUUCGAAGGUUAAUUCUUUGGCUUGCCAUUCAGAAUCUUUGGAGAGAGUUGAAACUUCUGAUGGGAAAUUGAGCCUUUGUAACUAUGAUAAAGAUCCUGUUAUAACUAGCCCCAUCUCUGAUGCAGUGGAAAUGAGUCAAAGGGACGCCAGUUCGUUAUCCGAGGCACAAAGGAAUAUUUGUUUAUCUGGUUCUGCACUAGUGGAGGAUAGAACAAUUUCGGAAUCUAGUCCACCAAAUAAUUCUUGUCAUGCGGAUUCAACAAGUGCAGAAUUUCCAAGAAAUUUUCAGGAUCGUAGUAUUGCAAAUGCUGAGAGUAAACUAAAGAAUGUGUUGCCAUGUGAUGAGGGGAAAUCUAGCAAUGAGGAUAAGCAUGAAAAGAUGGGGCCAAAUACUUGCUCAAAUUUGGUGGAGAAUACAAGGGCCAUUACAGGAAUCCCAAGUUGCUCACAAAAUCAUUUUGACAGGUAUUUCCGGCAGAAAGGUCCUCGCAUUGCCAAGGUUGUGCGAAGGAUUAACUGCAAUGUUGAGCCUCUGGAAUUCGGAGUUGUGCUUUCUGGAAAGCUAUGGUGUAAUAGCCAGGCCAUAUUCCCAAAGGGAUUUAGAAGCAGGGUUAAGUACAUGAGUGUCUUGGAUCCAGCAAAUAUGUCUUACUAUGUCUCAGAAAUUCUGGAUGCUGCAAGGGAUAGACCUCUGUUUAUGGUCUACUUAGAAGACUGUCCCAGCGAGGUAUUCAUUCAUGUUUCAGCUGGCAGAUGCUGGGAAAUGGUGAGAGAGAGAGUGAAUCAAGAGAUCACAAAGAAACAUAAAUUGGGAAGAAUGGAACUUCCUCCUUUGCAGCCUCCAGGAAGUCUUGAUGGCUUUGAGAUGUUUGGGUUUUCAUCACCUGCAAUUGUGCAGGGCAUAGAGGCACUUGAUCGACAUCGAAUUUGUAUGGAGUAUUGGGACUCAAGGCCCUAUUCUCGUCCUCCGAUGCAGAUUCCACAGAAUUCUCAGUCCAUGGACAAUGGAGGAAAUUUACAUAGGAAAUGUGCAGAAAAGAACGAUGAUCAUCGAGAGGGUUCUUGGAGACAUAUGUUGCCAGAUGGAGUUGAUACAGUUCUCAAAGGCCUAUUCAAGAAGGCAAACCCAGAAGAACUAUACUCGCUUAGUCGUGUUUUAGUUGACAGUCGGACAUCAUCUGAUCAAGACAGGGUAGCUCAACUUCUAAAUGAAGAAAUUCAUAGCCGUCAUAGAUGAUUCAUCGUCUGGUCGCAUGAGAAUCUACACGGAAUUUGCUAUUUACAGUUUUCCGACUGUAAAUUUUCGAGGGCCUGUUAUCACACUGCACAUACAACUUACAUUCAAUCAAAGCCAUUUUUUUACCUAUAGAAGGGAGGAAAGGAGAGGUAAGACUGUUUUCCCCAUAGAAUAUUUUGGUGGCAAUUUGGUGUAUUGAAGCUGAAAUAUUCAUUGGGAGGAUGCUUUCGAUUUUUGAGAUUAUGGCAACCAUGUUUCUUUUAGGUGGUGGUAAUGAUGCCAUCAUUAUCAUUAUCAUUUGUUUUUUUUGGCAUUGUGGCUUCUUUUUAUUGAAAUUCUCUGAGCUUAGAAUUCAAUUAUACAUGCGGUGACAUGAUUUAAUGGAUGUUUGGGAAGCAAUUAUCUUAU